AACAAUGCACGCCGCCAUAACAGCCCAGCGAAUGCGAGGGCCGCAAACAUCGACGAUCAUCCGUCUAUUUGUAGCAUACCAACCUUAGAGCAGCAGCAAGAAGAACAAUACCAAGUGUGAUGAGAGCCUCAACCAUUGUGACACUUCCUUCUCACUAAAUCUGCCUAUUCGAUUGAUGGUGGUGCGCACAAAGGGAGCGCGGUGCCGGAAUCGCGCCAUCUUCAUUCGCAAGUUUCCAAAGAACAAAAAGGAAAACAUGGCCGCCUCCACCACCUCCUCCUUCCCGACCUCCCAAGAGGGGGUCGCGACUUCUUCUCAGCAAAACCUGGACGCCAUCACCGACGACGACUUUGAAUACGUCGACGAGGAGUUUGUCUUGAGUCAUUCCGCAGAGCAACAAGCACAGCCCGAACCCAUGAUUCCCGACCUGUUCAAGCAGCCUUCCCUGGUGAAGGAUGACCUCAUCACGGCCACCUCCCAGCUCCAGGACCAAACUGUUGAGCACUGUCUACCCUUCCUGGCCGGCGAGGAUGGACCUCUCGAUCUCAACGACUAUGGCCUCCCCAAGCUGAACAGGGAGAAGCAUAUCAAGUUUCUCAAGCAGUCCCUUGGCCCGUUACCAGGUCGCUUCGUUGCAGUGGACGCUAGCAGGCCAUGGUACCUCUACUGGUGUCUGUCCGGUCUCACCAUGAUGGGGGAAGAUGUGUCUAGUUACAGGGAUAGCGUUAUCGAGACCGCUCGCACCAUGCAGAAUGAGUCUGGAGGAUUCGGUGGAGGCCAUGGACAGACUUCGCACCUGGCUACGACGUAUGCGGUCAUCCUAGCUAUCGCCCUGGUUGGAGGUGAGGAAGCAUAUGAUGUUAUCGAUAAGAAGGCUAUGUGGAAAUGGCUGUGCUCUUUGAAGCAGCCUGAUGGUGGCUUUCAGGUAUGCGUGGGAGGUGAGGAGGAUAUCAGGGGGGCAUAUAUCGCGGCUGUGAUCAUUACUCUGCUCGAUCUGCCUCUGGACUUGACGCCAGAAUCUCCUGCAUAUGACGGUCGCUCAAACCUGUUGACUGGCUUAGCGGAAUAUGUGCGUAGUUGCCAAACCUUCGAGGGCGGGAUAUCUAGUCAACCCAACAACGAGGCCCAUGGCGCGUAUGCCUUUUGCGCUCUCGCCUGUCUCGCCAUCCUGGACAACCCUCGCCGUAUCAUUCCAAGCUACCUAGACGUCCCACGCCUCGUCUCCUGGUUGUCUUACCGGCAGUACGCACCCGAAGGCGGGUUUUCGGGACGCACCAACAAGCUGGUUGACGGCUGUUACAGCCACUGGGCGGGUGGAUGUUUCCCCCUUAUUGAGGCAUGUCUCAGUCCCUCCGGCCCUGGUGCCGAGAAGAACAAGACAGCCACCGGUCUUGCGGCUGCGCCGGAGAGUCUCUAUAGUCGAGAAGGUUUGAUUCGGUAUAUCCUUUGCUGUUGCCAGGACCAGACUAAGAGGGGUGGACUGAGGGAUAAGCCAUAUAAAAUGUCAGACCCUUACCACACCAAUUACGUCCUCUCCGGCCUCUCUUCUGCUCAACACCAAUGGGACCUCGACUCCGAUCCCCUUCCCCUUCCCAACGGAGAUACUACCCCCAGCCUGGCCGCUCUGGGCGCCGAUUCCGUCUGGAACGUCUUCCCUUACAUUGACGAAAAUGACCAGAUUUACGAAGACUCGGAUCGGGUCAGGCCUAUCCACCCGGCUUAUGCGAUCCCGCAGAAGAAUGUGAACGCAAUCAGGGCGUAUUUCCAGGGAAGAAGUGGGUUCGCCUCCACUUUAGGGGGAGAGUGAGGACUAGGACAUUAUUGAUGGGGCAAUAGGGAAUUGGGUAAAUUGAGUAGAUUGGCUAGAUUGGGAUAGAAUGAGAGGGAGGUUCCAGUCAGAUUGGGGUGCUGUGGCUGCUGUCCUUGGGGAAGAGGGGAAGGGUUAUGCGGAAUAGUGACCAGGUAGUUUGUGAUAUCAAGGCAGCGAGUACUUGGUGAUGAGUAUAUAUUGUGCAGGACGCUGAGAAUGGUAUCCUUGCAAGAGCCUGCGGAAACGGGCGAACGCUUCCAUCUCGGUGGUUGCAUUCAAAGCAGGUCGUACACUAGGUAGCAUAUGUUUCUCGGCAUCGUCGGAAAUAGACGGGCAUGCUUAGUUCGCUACUAAGCCCUCGCGUUGGGUUAACCAUGAAAGUAGUCUACAAGCAUGCCUAGAAUAAGUACAACAAGCAAGGUAGCAAGGACAUAUCAGAUUGAAUGUCAAGGCUAAUCAGUAAAUCACAUAGCGAAAUACAAUAAAGCACCAAAUACUGCUUGCUUGAUGUUUG